ACAAAAUGAAAAUUGAAAGCGAAGUAUACAAAAUUAUAUGACAUUGUAGUGUCAUCACAUACAAAGCUGUAUGCCAGCUUUCCACAAAGAAAAUGUGCAUAUGUAUAUAUACAAUAAUAUUAUAAACACGAGUACCCUAAUAAUGACAUUGUACUUACUAAUGACCAUGGAUGGCUAAGUUUAUUCAUGAGCCAGUUCAAUUUCAAAAGAGUGGUGUUUAUAAAAAGAUAUGACGAAUAUUUUAAAGAGUAUUUUAGCUGUAGACAAGGAACAAGAGUUACUGCAAAGUUUUAUACGAAUUGAAGUAGCCGCAGACGAAGAGUCAAUAGAUGAGUCCCCUCGAAAAACUAUUAGGGGUCGAUCUACUUCUUUGUCGCGCACUCAUCGAUUAUACAAAGAACGUCGCACAUCUAGUGAAUAUCUAGUUGUUCAAAAUUCAAAGGAAGGUCGGAAGAUAGUAAAGUUCAUUGAUGAAGCAGAAAAGAGUGCAGGUAUUGGGGCGAGUGGUCGUGGAAAUCGUAUAGAAGCAGAGUUACGAGCGGCACGAAGAAAAUCCGAGGAUCAAUUAUCGAAAAAGAAAACCAAGGAGAACUUUGUCGAUUUUUAUACUGAUAAAGACCGAGCAGCUGCUGUUAGUGCGGGUACAUACGAUAUUAAACAAAGUUUACAGAUAAAACAGAAGCAAGAUCGCAAUGAAAUUAUGCAAAUACCGGAUGAGGCCGAUAUUAACUCUAUAAUAGCAUUGGGAUUGAAAGAAAUUAAAAAUGCAAAUCCGGAGAACGCGGUACACUUCUUUUCACAGGCACUUGAGCUAAAUGGCACAGAUAUAAAUGCGUUAGUUUCUCGUAGCAAAUGUUAUCUCUUGCUCGGAGAAUCUUCUAAGGCUUUAAAGGAUGCGGAAACUGCACUUACUGAAGACAAAAAUAAUAUUCGUGCAAUCUUUCAAAAGGCAGAAGCGUUAUACUUUCUUGGUCAAUUUGAGCAGAGCUUAAUGUUUUUCCAUCAAGGAUUGCGUGCACGUCCCGAAUUAUCAUCUUUUCGCCUAGGUGUGCAAAAGACGCAAGAGGCUAUUGAAAACACCAUAGGCACGAGUAAAUGUUCUGCAUAUACCACGACAUCUCUUAAAGAAAAUGAUUUUUCUUCUAAACAUAAAAGCUCUAAACAAUGCCAACGUACGACUCGUCCAAAAUUAUCCGCAACCGAAAUGGAACGAAGGAAUGCUCGAAAAUUAUUAGGUGAAUUAUGUGUUGACAAAGAGUAUUUAGAGAAUUUAUUGCAACACCCCGAUUUGGUGCGCGCUGAUACAAACUCGGAAAGUAUUUCAAGUUACGCAAAAGAGGCUGUCAACUUUCUCAAAAAGAGACAAGAAUUCUGGCGACAACAGCGACCUUGCACAGCACUUCCGAAAUACAAAAGCGUUGCUCAAGAUCCUUUACCAACCUGGUUUUAAAAUAAACUAGGGGGCGAUGACUUGUAAGAAAGAGAACGAUAAGAGACGACCACGGUGCUUUACACCCUAAAGCUUGAAUUAAAAUGAAAAUGCAUUACUUGGUUUUAUUUUUAUUUAUAAUUUCAUCUUGAUUAUGAUACAACAUUUAUAUGUAUACACUAUCGUAUUGUUUGUAAUAACAUUUAUAUAUGUAUAUAAGCAUAGGCUUUCGCAUAAACUAAAUAAUUAUGAUUUACAGGUUCUUAAUAUUCUGCAUAAGACAAGCAAACAUUUUUUAUGCACGAAUAAUAUGUUCAUACUUGUUAUAAAUAACCUAAUAUUUCGGAACUUAUCUAAAUUUUAAUACACAUGUACAAUAUGUGUAUAAUAAGUAAAGAAAUUUACUACUAACAACAAUAAUUUCCUUUCAUGCAUUUUCACAAUAAUAAUGUUUAUAAUUAUUAUAUAUUUUAACAAUAUUAACUCAGACACAAUUGUAUCUUUAUUUUAUUACUGCGAUUCCACUUCAUUCACCCUAGUUACGGUUGGCCCAGUCAAAAAAAAAACAUCAUCAUCACUGUAUUUGUAUAAUCAUGGUUAGUUAGUUGAUCGAUUUGAAUGGCCUGUUAGGUUUCAAAUUUGUAUUCAUAAUUCUUUCCUUAAUUCCCUACCAGCUCAACGGCGACACAAUUCAGAUUACUUAGCAAAUUGUAUUCUUAUUAACCAUUGGGUUAAUAAAUAAUUUAGUGAUCGAUAACGCCAACUGUAAAAGGGUCGGCUGUAUUAUUUUAAUAUUCUUAUUCUGCUUGAAACUAUUGAGCUUUUCUGACUAGUUUUUACCAUCGGCAUAUGGUGUAAAUUAUAUAAGGAACAUAAAUGUGAUUAACCUCAAAUAUGGAUGGUGCUCAAAUAUGAUACUUUAUGGAAUUUCGAUAUUUGACAUACAAUUUCAUUACACAUAUUAUAACCAGA